AUGGCAAUGUUAACAACAGCUCGUUUGCCUCGUCGUGAUUCAAUGAAACAUUUGAAACUAUACGAUUUAGAUGAUUUUGAAAAAAGCUCCUCAUCCAAUAAUUUAGACGAUGAAAUUAAAAUAAAUUCUCGACAUUCUUCUCGUAGUUCACCAUCAUCGGUAAAUCAUUUAAUUUACAGAUUAUAUCGAACAGAAAUGUUAAAUAACACAGACAACGACGAUCAUAUAUCCAUGAACACAACAAAACAAGUUACAUCGAAACAAGGACAAAAAACUACAAAACGAUUGACGGAUGCCCAUGUUCAAUCAGAAAAUAUGACAACAAAUGAAACAAAUCGAUCGUAUGAAACUCAGGAAUAUAAACAAAAGCAGACAGAAAAAAAUGAUGACAAUGGAACAGAUUUGGAUGAAGUACAUGUAAAAACAGACAGAAAUUCGUUAAGUCACAAUUCUAACUCAGAAGAGGAUGAUAUUGGUACGUGGUUAGAACCUUUAUCGAAUGAUAAAAAAGAGAAAAAGAUUGAUAAUACAGAAAAUCAAAAUGAAAUAAAACAUGAAUUCGUUUAG